AUGAACAGUUCUUAUUUCUUAUUCCCUUCAAAGAAUGAACAAGUGUGGAAAGAAAUUAUUAAUUAUUGUCUUAGUUUGAUAGAUUUGGCUGAUUCUACAGAUAGAGGUUUGAUAAUUUCGUAUGCUCUUAAAAGAUUUAUUCAGAGAGACAAUAGAAUUAAAGGUAUUGUUGCAGAAAAGAGAGAAAACUUGAUUCAAAUGAUGAUUAGAUUGACCAGAUUUCCAACCAAUCAAACAUUAUUGACAAAUAAUCAUUCUCUGAUGGUUUAUUGGACUCUCAAGUUGCUCAACUUGAGUGGUGCAGAGAAAUGGGACGGAUUAAUUGAACACAAAACAACUUGGGAGAAAAUUCAGGGAUUUUACUUGAAAGCAUUAGUUGACACUCUUCCUGAAAACUUGCUUGAUAGACAUUACACUCAAACUCAUAUUGAACCAAAUGAAAUUGUAACAGAGGUGUUUAAUCUGGUCAAUUCUUGCUAUUUGAAGAAUGGUGACUCUGUUUCUUGUCUAUUUGAUGAUCAAUUGACUUGUACAGGAAAUAUUUUGAAAAAAUGUACAAUAGUUUCUAUGGCAAAUACUAUCAUGAAUAGAUCAGAGAUUGAAAUCGAUGGUUUGAUGCUUAAUUCCUUAGCUAGAGCUCUCAAGUUGAAAAAUGACAAUAAUGUGUGUAAGCUUUUCAGCUCGAAGAUUUCUUCCUUCUUUGAGCAAAAUCCAAAACAACCAAUUUCCGAGCUCUAUUACUCCAUAAUUAAGCUAUACAAAAGCAAAUAUUCUACCUUCAAAGAUUAUUGUGAAAUAUUCGACAGUAAUGAACAAAGAGAAUUUAUUUCCAAUACUAUUAUGGAUCCUUUUCUCGACCAUUAUAUGGAAAUAAGGAAAGGAACAGACAAAACUUAUUUGCAGAAUAUUGUAGACGGUUUUGAAGCAUUUGGGAAAAGUAGCUCGGUUCUUGAUGAGAGAAUGGUGACCCUGCUUGUGGAUUUUGGUGACAACUCACUCCUAUAUGCUUAUUUACAUGAAGGAGGAUACUGUCAAAUUUAUAGUGUCUUUGAGACGUUUGCAUCUAUUAUUCAAAACAGAGGAGCUGAGCUGAUGAACAUUAUGGAUGGAGCAAUGUGCAAUCGUUUAGAAAAACAAUUAGAAUUAAGUAUUUCAAGCUAUAAUAGUGACGAUGGUUGGUUUGCUGUUUUAUGUUCAGCACUGGAAAGUGGAUUAUUUUGGAACAUUAUUGAAAAAUCGAGGCAAUUAACUGAGCCAACCUUUACAAUAACUGAGAAAUUCAAACAAGGCUACACUUUAGAACUUGUGAAAAAGGUGAGACAAGAACGUGAAGGUAGUACUCAGGAUCCUUCUUUCUACACUCUCUACUGUUUGUGGUUCCUCUUAAUGGAGAAUAUUGAAAAAUCUAACAAGGUUAGAAGAGGAAAGAAAACUGAAACAUACAGAGCUCUCGUUAAUCUAUCUUUGAUUCCAAGAGAUUAUGACUGUGGCAAUCCUCGUGAUUCUGUGUUUGCCUUUUUACUACUUGCAGAACUUGAGGAAAAUGUGGAAGAAAACAUGAGUAUUAUUUUGCAAAACAUGGAUCACAUCAUUAAUAGUAUGUAUGAACAAUCACACAGAAGCACAAGCUUUUUAAGCUUUGCAAUAAGUAGACUAUUGGAAAACAUUGAAAGAUUUCUCUAUCACUACAGUGGAAGAAAUGAAUUGCAUUCAAUUCGAUCUAAUUUAAAACAGGCAUUAAUUUACUUGCCAACUUAUGAACAUCCAAAACUUUUAGAAAAUAUUCAUAAUCUUCUUGAUGAUAAUGAAGUUGAUCAUUAA